CAGGGCUGAUCUUCCUCACCCAAAAAAUAAAUAAAUAAAUAAAAUGUACAUCCCUGAGUCUAUCCCAGAUAUCCUUAUUCAGAUUCGCCAAACUUCCCACGUGAUUCUGAUGGAGGUUCUGAGAAAUUCCUGUGAUAGGAAGUCAAAUAUUUGUUGGUUUGAUUUUCAACUACAAAUAUCUAGAGCCCAGCUUUGCGCCAGCUACUCUCAGCUACGGUGACUUGAAUUAGAAUUCUAUUGGCUUGGUUCCCGACCUCAAGGAGCUCAGGAUCUGGUUGGAGAGGCAAAGACUACUCCAACAGUAGUAUGCAAAAAGUGUAAGAGUGAGCUAAACCUGAAGACAACACGUUAGUUUAUAGUAUGUGAAUCAGAGCAGAAUAGUUUAAAAACCGGUGGUUAAGGUAUGGGUUGCUGGGAACUACCAGUAGUUUUUGAUCACUCUCUGAGUUAUUGGACAUGUGCAGCAUUUAAGACAGGAUAAGUCAUGGCAUGUAUGCCACGUAACAGAAGCGAGAGAGGAGAGUCUAGAGAGAGACAGGACACCCUUCUCAGAGUGCUCUCAUCUUGCCCAACACCACUCAGGCAGUAAAUCACAGCGCCUCACAGUUGAGGCAGCAGGUCAACAGCCAGUGAGGGAGCUACCUUUGCCCUAGUGAUUUCUGACCCCAUCCCAAAAGAAAAUCUAUUUGGAGUUGGAAAAACACAAGGUUUUAUACUGUCAGAGCCUGUUUCGUAGUCACUAAAAAUGCGUGGUCGCUCUUUGGACAUUUCAUAAUGUCUGUAGUAUUCUGCCAGUGUUUAUAGUGGUGUCCCCAGAGGUGGACCUGAGGUGUCAGAAAUAGGGGUGCUCCCAGCCAGCCUCACCUCUAUUUCUAUUGUGAAUGUUUCUGUUUAUUUAGUUCAUGGAAUAGCUUGCUCACCCUAACAACCACAAGCUGGAGUUCAUGUUCCAGAAUGCAAUGUUGUCAAAUUCUAGUUUUUCUCUAGUUUGGAUUUCUGAGCUGUGUAGUAGCAGGUCAGUGAUGUGGCCUAGAUGACAAAGGAGCAAAUCAUUCCUUUGAACUAAUAACUUAUUUAUUACCUUGUUGGGAUAAUAUAGUGUUAUGAGAACAGGCUUUAAGUCAGACCAUGAUUUAAAACCAGGCUCUGUCCUAUAUGAAUUAGGCCUCCAUUUUCUCAUCUGUAAAAUGAAAAUGACAGUAAUAAUUACCCCAUAGGAUUAUUAUGUCUUUCACAUUAUAAGGGCUUAGUAAAUAUUAGCAAUUGUCAUUAUUCUCUGUUGUCAGGUAAUAUGUAAUGAGAAGAAAUAGCCUAAUUAGAGGCCCAUAUAGAGCCAAAAUCUUUUUAUUUCGGUGAACAACUUUGCUAAGAAAUGAUUGACAUCAUAUUUUUCAGGCUAGAAUCCCAAUAAAUUAGCCCAUCAAAGGAUUAUUCCUAAAACAUUAGAUUUAAUGAUGCUCUGCAGCAAUUUUCUGAGUCUGAAAUUUUCUAUGGCUGUGGAUCCCAGAAUUUGCUAAGCGAUGGAGGAAUCUCAACACAAUGAUCUGUCCACAGUGACCCUUGAGAAAGAUGAGCCUCUCAAGAGCACCUGCCCUCAGAUUUCUGUUAGUGAAUUUUCUUGCCACUGCUGUUACGACAUCUUGGUUAACCCCACCACCUUGAACUGUGGGCACAGCUUCUGCCGGCACUGCCUAGCUUUAUGGUGGGCCUCUUCGAAGAAAACAGAGUGUCCAGAAUGCAGAGAAAAAUGGGAAGGUUUCCCCAAAGUCAAUAUUCUCCUCAGGGAUGCCAUUGAAAAAUUAUUUCCUGAUGCCAUUAGAAUGCGAUUUGAAGACAUUCAGCAGAAUAAUGACAUAGUCCAGAGUCUUGCAGCCUUUCAGAAGUAUGGGAAUGAUCAGAUUCCUUUAGCUCCCAACACUGGCCGAGGGAAUCAGCAGAGAGGAGGGGGCUUCUUUUCUGGAGUGCUCACAGCUUUAACUGGUGUAGCAGUGGUCCUGCUCGUGUAUCACUGGAGCAGCAGGGAAUCUGAGCACGACCUCCUAGUCCACAAGGCUGUGGCCAAAUGGACAGCGGAAGAAGUUGUCCUCUGGCUGGAGCAGCUGGGCCCUUGGGCCUCUCUCUACAGAGACAGGUUUUUAUCUGAAAGAGUAAAUGGAAGAUUGCUUUUAACUUUGACAGAGGAAGAAUUUUCAAGGGCGCCAUAUAGUAUAGAAAAUAGCAGCCACAGAAGAGCCAUCCUCACGGAACUGGAGCGCGUCAAAGCACUAGGCGUGAAGCCCCCCCAAAAUUUCUGGGAAUAUAAGGCCGUGAACCCGGGCAGGUCCCUGUUCCUGCUGUACGCCCUCAAGAGUUCCCCCAGACUUGGGCUGCUGUACCUCUACCUGUUUGACUACACAGACACCUUCCUACCCUUCAUCCACACCAUCUGCCCUCUACAAGAAGACAGCUCCGGGGAGGACAUCAUCACCAAGCUUCUGGAUCUCAGAGAACCCACAUGGAAGCAAUGGAGAGAAUUCCUUGUCAAAUACUCCUUCCUCCCAUACCAGCUGAUUGCUGAAUUUGCUUGGGACUGGCUGGAGGUCCAUUACUGGACAUCACGGUUUCUCAUCGUCAAUGCCAUGUUACUCUCGGUUCUGGAAUUAUUCUCCUUUUGGAGGAUCUGGUCAAGAAGUGAACUGAAGACUGUGCCUCAGAGGAUGUGGAGCCAUUUUUGGAAAGUAUCAACACAGGGGCUUUUUGUGGCCAUGUUCUGGCCCCUCAUUCCUCAGUUUGUUUGCAACUGUUUAUUUUACUGGGCCCUGUACUUUAACCCAAUUAUUAACAUUGAUCUUGUGGUCAGGGAAGUCCGACGGCUAGAAACCCAAGUGUUGUGACUGGCAUUGCCCAGGCUCUGAGGGACUCUUCCAGCCUCCUUGACAUCUGAGCUCUGAUGCUUAAGGUGGGUGGACAGGGGCAGGAGCGGACUUCCUAUUUUCUGCCCCUAGUAAACAAGGUGCUGCUUUGUCUGUCAAAGGCUACAACCAGGUCCUCUCUCCCUCUACCUGUGGCAUCGUGGCAGCCGGAGCUGGGCCAACACAGCAGCAGUACCUCCCACUCUGCUGCCUUCCUCACAGGGACUUGGGAGGCCCAGUCCACGACAGCUGCCAAGGACCCAGGGUCCUCAGAGGAUGCGAUGUGGGCGAUAUCAGAAGGCUGCCACGUCAGCAGUCCUGCUUACCCUAACAUCAGUGACUGACAAAGACUCCCAGGGCAAGGUGGAGCCCUUAGCCUGAGACCAGGCUUGUUGGGGGCCAGGCCUAUCCUCUAAGUCAAGUUAGGAAAACGGGAGAUUUUGUCAUAGGCAUAGACAGUUACACAUAAAAAAUACAGAGGAAAAACCAAAAUCUGAUCAACGUUUCUGUCUUAUUGAAGAGGUGCUAGAAGGUUUCAGAGUUAAACCUCUAAAAGGAUUCAGUUUGAGACUAGAAUGAUGGUUAGACUCAUCGUCACUGUUUUCCACAUGUAAUCAUUGAAAGCUUGGGUCCCUUCUAUGAGUAGGGGGAUUGAGUGGGAUAUCAGGCAAUUAAUGGAUAGUGAUUCACAUCAGGCUGAGUUGCCUCAGUGCUACUUAAAAUUGUUGUUUUGGGGUUUACUUCGUUUUGCUUUUAAGAAUUUAAUCUGUAAAAUAAAUUCCAGGAUAGUC